AUGUAAAUUAAUAAGUUUAAUCACCUUUACAUUAAAUUUACAAUUACACAUUUUUAGGACUAUUAAUUUUAUUAUCCAUUUAAGUACACAAUAGACGCUGAUAGCAUAGCUUUAUUUAUUAAAAAAAAUAAUUUGUUCUAUAUAGCAAUUUUUUAAUAUAGUGUGUAGAUGGUAUCUUUAUAUGAUAUUAUUGCAACUGACAAUUCCUUUUUUCAAUGCGAUUUAUAUCGACUAUUAUUUUCUUUUGAUAAAGUAUGGAUGUACUUAUUAUUAAAAAAUAUCCUUGUUGAAUUUGAGACAUAAUCACUUCAUUAAAAUACCUUAUCAUCAAAUUUUUCAAUGAAAUUAAAAGAAUUGGCUGAAUCUGAAUUAAGAAUUUCAAUCUUAAAUCAAUGCUUUAUCAAUUUAAGCAAGAACUUUUAAAAUGUAAUGAUGAAACUUCAAAAUUAUAUUAUAAACUACAUUAUUUUUAGAAAUAAAUAGAUAAGUAAAAGCAAGUUAGAAAUUCAAUGA